AUGGAGAAAAAUGAUCACCAUUCUUCAGAGAUGUCCGGAAGUUUUUCAAAAAAUGGCAACAAGAACGAUGACGAUCCAGAGACCCUUGAAGCCAAAUCGGAUGGCCGCCAACAACAACAUGCAGAAAACGAACAAGCGGAAACUGUGGAAGUUUCACCGCCAUCGGACCCGACGAGCCUUGAGCAGAUUCUGAACGAGGUUGACCGGUUCCUCGAGACCAUAACCAUUAAUGCUGGAGAAGAUAAAUUAAAACUACCGGAUCAAGCUCCCGAUUGCGUGGAGUUGUUGUCAAACAUGGUGGAGAACAUGGUUGAUGCGUACAAUGCAGGCAAAACGAAUUUUGGCGGAGACCAAGACGACUCGUUUCUGAAAGCCGUGAAUCGAAUUUCGAAGCUGUCUAAAAGGUUCAAUGAGUUACCAUCAAGCUCGACAUUAUCGUCUUCAUUGAACCGAACAAGCGCCGCACUACAUCGAGUAAUGUCGUUUUUGGAGGACAAGUUCCGCAUCCUUCUGCAUGAAGAGUCCAAAGCCAUUAACAAUCAGGAGCACGACCGGUGUCUCCUGCACGAGCCCGAACCCAACAAAGACGAGGAAGAACUCGCAGAAUUUUCUCCAGAAACCAUUUCCGACAUCAACAAAAUUGCCUCCGCCAUGAUCUUCGCAGGAUACGAGAAUGAGUGUUCUAUGGUUUAUAGCAUCUCAAGGCGAACCGCUUUCAAAGCCGCAUUGAACAAGCUAGGGUACGAGUAUAUAAGCAUCGACGACGUACAGAGAAUGCAGUGGGAAUCCUUGGAAGGAGAAAUCGCCUCGUGGAUCAACGCCGUCAAGCAGUGCUCCAAAAAACUAUUCUCCGACGAACAAAAAUUGUGUGACUCCAUUUUCUCCGACGACCCGCCUCUAUCUAGAAUCCUAUUCGGCGAUCUCGCACACCCCGUCGUUAUACAACUUCUGGAUUUUGCACAGGCGGUUGUAUUGACGAAGCGAUCUGCCGAGAAGUUAUUCAAAUUCCUCGACAUAAACGAGACUCUGCGCGAUCUGGUUCUGGCAAUGGAUAGCGAUUCGUACCCGGAGGAACUCAUAUCUGAGGCCUCAGAGGCCAAGACACGGCUCGGCGAGACCGUGGUGAGCAUUUUCUGUGAUCUCGAGAACUCGAUCAAGAGCGAUCAAGGGAGGACCCCGGUCCCUAGUGGCGCAGUGCAUCCAUUGACGCGGUACGUCAUGAACUACCUGAAAUACGCCUGUGAAUACAAGGACACCUUACAGCAGGUCUUUCGGCAACACCUCAAGAUCGAGAAGAUUGAGAAAGAGACCUGUGAUGGUGGCGAAUCCGAUGAUGUUCCGACGUCGGAAACAUCGCCGUUUUCGUUAGAGUUAAUGAAGGUCAUGGACUUGUUGGACGCAAACCUGGACAUGAAGUCGAAUCUUUACCGGGAUCACGCUUUGCGCUACAUUUUCUUGAUGAACAAUGGGAGGUACAUCCUACAAAAGAUAAAGGGUUCCACUGAGAUCCACGAGUUGAUGGGCGAUACGUGGCGCAGAAAGCGGUCGUCGUUGCUGAGGCAGUACCACAAGAACUAUCAGAGAGAGACAUGGAGCAAGGUGUUGCAGUGUCUUAGCCAUGAGGGUCUUCAGGUGAGUGGCCAGGGGAAGGUGUCGAAGCCGGUGUUGAAGGAGAGGUUCAAGAACUUCAACACCUUGUUCGAGGAUAUACACAAGAUGCAGAGCACGUGGGUGGUGAGCGACGAACAGCUUCAGUCGGAGCUCAGGGUGUCAGUAUCGGCGGUGAUGAUUCCGGCAUACCGAUCUUUUCUGGGGAGGUUCAAGCAAUACUUGGAUCCGGGUAGACAAAGCGAGAAGUAUAUAAAAUACCAGCCAGAAGAUAUUGAGACUUUGAUUGAGGAAUUGUUUGAUGGAAAUCCAACGUCAAUGGCAAGGAGAAGAGCAUAAGUCUCACUCAAGGGAGAAGAUAGGUUUCCUGGUGGUGCAAUAUCAAUUUCUGUAUGUGUUGUAUACUUUUGUAUCCUAUAUAUGCCUUAAUU